UAUGCUAAACAUUGUAACAUAACAUUUCAACUUCAUUCAUAUCUGCACAGAAGAAAAUACUGCAAUGGCGAAUGUGUGCACGAAAAAGUUGGGACAGCAGGGACUGUGUGUCUCUGAACAGGGUCUGGGAUGUAUGGGUAUGUCCUUUUUGUACGGCCCUCCCAAACCUGAGCAAGAGAUGAUUGACCUCAUUCACUAUGCUGUCAACAGAGGUGUCACUUUUCUUGAUACUUCAGACAUGUAUGGACCAGAAACCAAUGAAAUUCUUAUAGGAAAGGCUCUGAAAGGCAUCAGAGAGAAGGUCCAGAUUGCUACUAAGUUUGGAAUCACUUGGGCUAAUGGAGAAUUCGGCGUGAGCGGAGAUCCUGCAUACGUGAGGGCUGCCUGUGAAGCAAGCCUCAAGAGGCUUGAUGUAGACUACAUUGAUCUUUAUUAUCAGCACAGGGUGGAUACUAGUGUACCCAUAGAAACUACUAUGGGUGAACUGAAGAAGCUGGUAGAAGAGGGAAAGAUAAAAUAUGUGGGUCUGUCAGAAGCCUCUGCUUCAACAAUUCGUAGAGCCCAUGCAGUGCAUCCAAUCACUGCUGUAGAGCUUGAAUGGUCUCUCUGGACUAGGGAUUCCGAGGCCCAAAUUAUUCCUACCUGCAGGGAGUUGGGGAUUGGGAUUGUUACAUACAGCCCUUUAGGCAGGGGUUUCUUUGCCUCAGGAGCAAAACUUCUUGAAAGUGUGACUGAUUAUGACUACCGUAAGGGGAGUCCAAGGCUUCAAAGUGAGAAUCUUGAGCACAACCAAGCUCUAUUCCAAAAGCUAAGUGAGAUCAGUUCACGAAAAGGGUGCAGCCCAAGCCAGCUUGCUCUUGCAUGGGUUCAGCACCAGGGGAAUGAUGUUGUGCCCAUACCCGGAACCACCAAGAUUAAGAACCUGAACGAUAACAUAUUCUCGGUCUCUGUACAUCUGACUGCAGAUGAGAUGAAGGAAAUAGAGGCCAUUUUUCCUGUAGAUGCUGCAGCUGGAGGUCGAAGCAGGGAAGAGGAAUUGCAAAUGAGCUGGAUGAAUUCAGAAACGCCCCCUUACAAAUCUUGGAAAGAGGGAAAGAUAAAAUAUGUGGGUUUGUCCGAAGCCUCUGCUUCAACAAUCCGUAGAGCCCAUGCAGUGCAUCCAAUCACUGCUGUGCAGAUUGAAUGGUCUCUCUGGACUAGGGAUUCUGAGGCCCAAAUCAUUCCUACCUGCAGGGAGUUGGGGAUUGGGAUUGUUACAUACAGCCCUUUAGGCAGGGGAUUCUUUGCCUCAGGAGCAAAACUUCUUGAAAGUGUGACUGAUUAUGACUACCGUAAGGGGAGUCCAAGGCUUCAAAGUGAGAAUCUUGGGCACAACCAAGCUCUAUUCCAAAAGCUAAGUGAGAUCAGUUUACGAAAAGGAUGCAGCCCAAGCCAGCUUGCUCUUGCAUGGGUUCAGCACCAGGGGAAUGAUGUUGUGCCCAUACCCGGAACCACCAAGAUUAAGAACCUGGACGAUAAUAUAUUCUCGGUCUCUGUAAAUCUGACUGCAGAUGACAUGAAAGAAAUUGAGGCCAUCUUUCCUGUAGAUGCUGCAGCUGGAGGUCGAAGCAGGGAAGAGGAAUUGCAAAUGAGCUGGAUGAAUUCAGAAACGCCCCCUUACAAUAUUCUUCAUUGAAUGAAAGCACAUAAAUGUUUGUAUGUAACCUGCGUGAAAUAAAGGCUUUGCAGAUCAGAGCAUUUGCAAUUAAGCUAGAUGAAUUAAGGCCAAUGAAGAAUUAUCAUCAAAAAAUGUUCUGAAUAAAUGGUCUUUUAGUCUUGUUAUACCAUAUCUUAUUAAAGAUAUAGUUUUAUAGUAUUUUCACAAUCUAUUAAUAAAGAGCUUUGGUUUUUU